AUGAAUGUGAUCGGGGAAUCAGUUCAGACGCGGUCUGGUAGGGACGAAAUUGGACCUGUGGCAUCCGGUCGCGUACCGCCACCUGAAGCAAGCGUACUGAGGAACGGUCUGACUAGAUCUAAAGCUCAUAUGGUGCAAGCUGUAACAAAAUCUGUUAUGCUUGAUGAUGACCAAGAGAUGAUUGAAAGGAAAUUGAAGCGGCUGUCUCAAGAGAAAAGUUUGUUUGAUCGCAAAACGAGUAAGAUUCAAUUUCUAAUGUGCAAAGUGCUAUUGAUGAUCAUGUACCUUAUCUAUGGGUUUUACCGAUACUUCCAGUAUGAAUACAAUAGAAUGAAGUUAAAGCUACUGAAUAUAAUGUACAACCCAUCGAACACGCCUCAACUGAUUCGUCAGGAUGUCAAUAAGUUGAAAAAAAUACCCAAACGAUUGGCUGCAAUCCUAGAGAUGAAAUCUGCGAGCUAUGUGGGAGGUGGAGUGAAAGGAUUGAUGAAUGAUGGGAGUGAGUUAGUAUGUUGGACCGUGUCUGCUGGAAUCAAACAUCUGAUACUGUACGAUUAUGAUGGAGUACUCAAGAACAACGUACAGGAUUUUAGAAAAGAGAUACGCGCCAAGCUUGGAAAAUACUAUGGUCCCUCCAAUGUCCCAAAAUAUGCAAUCAGAAUCCCCCACUUGAACAAAAUCUACUUUAACGACGAGGAUGAUGCGACAUCCAAUGGUAAGAACAAGGUGGCUAUCGAGGUUUCUUUGCUUUCAAACCGGGAUGGCAGAGAGACUAUCGUCGAUCUUACCAGAACGAUGGCUGAUUUAUGCGCUGCAAAUGAACUCAAACUUUCCAAUAUCACGAUGAAACUCGUCGAUAAAGAGCUUACACACCUCGUGGGGCCCGAACCCGACCUUCUACUGUACUUUGGUCCCGCAUUGGACCUCCAAGGUUUCCCACCAUGGCACAUACGUCUCACAGAACUCCACUGGGAAGAAGAUAACGACGAUGUUGUCUACUCGGUAUUUAUAAGAGGUCUACAAAAAUACUCUGCCUGCAAGAUCAAUGUCGGGAAAUAA